AAACAGCAUGGUGGUGAAAGAACACAACUUGUAAACAUGAGGCUAGAAAAAUGUUAUUUUUGUUCGUCUACAGUGUAUCCGGGGCACGGUGUCCAUUUUGUAAGAAACGACUGUAAGGUAUUUCGAUUCUGCAGGUCAAAAUGCCACAAAGCCUUUAAGAAAAAGCGUAACCCAAGAAAGACAAAAUGGACUAAGGCCUUCCGAAAGGCUGCUGGAAAAGACUUGGCUGUGGACCCCUCAUUUGAGUUUGAAAAGAGAAGAAAUGUGCCCGUUAAAUAUGACAGAGAAUUAUGGACUACAACAGUGAAGGCAAUGAAGAGAAUUGAAGAAAUUAGGAUAAAAAGACAGAACCAGCAUAUUAUAAAUAGAUUAAAGAAAGGAAAAGCACUGGAGAAGGCCAAUGACAUCAAAGAAGUGGAGAAGAAUAUUCACCUCAUUCGUUCACCAGCAGCGAAGAGUAAACUUCUUGAGAAGAAAAUGGUACAAGUUAUUAAGGAAGAAAACAUGGAUAUGGAUGAUGAAUUGUAGACAGGAAAUUGAUCACAGCCCUUUACGUCAUCAGAAAGAGACUUUUGUCACUGACAUAGUGCAUUUGAUUGGAUUCUAUCUACCUGUUCUGCUACAAACAUUGACAGAAAAGUUUCAUUUACAAAUAGAGAAUUUCUUUGAUUUUUGACUCUACACUUUGCAACAAUUUGUAAUUUUUGUUGUAAUAAAUUUUAAACAAUAAUGAUGUCACAUAAUAUUACACAGAAAUUACUUGCCAGUGGAAAUUAUUUCAUGACAUAUAUCCUUCCAACACUAGGAAUAUGACAGACUAUGAUACAUCAAGUAAAUAUUUGUUUGCUGGUGCCCCAUGCUUAUGAAAUGUUAAAUAAAACAAAAACUGAAAAAACA